AUGAGCUCAGAGAACCAACCAGCAGAUCAGUCUGCUUCACUGAAUCCAGCAACCUCUAAAGAAUCUAGUGUUUCUGCCUCAACUGGUGCUCCAAAACCAUCCACAAGCGCAUCUGUUAGUGAACCACCUCUAUUACCUCAUCUCCAGCAACAGCAACAACAACAAGAUGCAUUGAAAAUCAAUUACGAAGAAGAAGCAAAAAAAUUAGAAGAUAAAGCUUUACGUUUCUUAGCAAAACAAUCACAUCCUGUCGUCGUACCUAAAUUUGCAUCUUGGUUUGAUUUUAAUCAAAUUCAUGAAAUUGAAAAAAAAAGUUUACCUGAUUUCUUCAACGAUUCUUCAAGAUUCAAGACCCAGAAAGUUUAUAGAGACGCAAGAAAUUUCAUGAUCAACAGUUAUAGAUUAUCACCAUUCGAAUAUUUGACAAUGACCGCCGUAAGAAGAAAUAUCGCCAUGGAUGUCGCCUCUAUAAAUAAAAUUCACGAAUUCUUGGAAAAAUGGGGAUUGAUCAAUUACCAAAUCGAUCCAAGAUCUAAACCUUCCCUAGUGGGCCCAAGUUUUACAGGCCAUUUCCAACUUAUCCUGGACACUCCACAAGGCCUGAAACCAAACGUUCCAACAAAAAUUAUGGAGCCUCCUGCAAUGAAAGAUGAUGACGAAGAUGAUCUUGACGAUGAAGAUGUAGAUAUGGAAAGCAAUACAGAUCAAUACCCUCAUAACUUAUUGCUAAGGAAAAGUGUUUAUGAUUCCACUAACGAUUUUAAUGCCUUAAGUACUCGUGAAAAAAUUUCAAGACAAAUAGAGAAAACUUUUAUUUGCCAUACAUGUGGAAUCGAUUCAGUCAUCGUGCAAUACCAUAACUUACGUUCGAGAGAUGCCAAUAUUUGCUCCAACUGUUACGAAAAAGGUCAUUUUGGUUCCAAAUUCGUAGACUCGGAUUUUAUGAAAGUUGAAACAAACAAAAGAUUCCUCUCAGCAAAUGAAUGGUCAGAUCAAGAAAUCGUAUUGCUCUUAGAAGGAUUGGAAAUGUAUGCCGACGAUUGGUCCAAAAUUUCAGAACAUGUAGGAACUAAAGCUGUUGAACAAUGUAUUGAAAAAUAUAUAACUUUACCUAUGGACGAGGCCAAGAUCAAUGAAAUAAUAUCUACAAAGAAGAAUAAUAGAAAAACAGAUAUAAAUUCAUCUGAAGAAGAAGUGGCUAAAAUCGUAAGUGCAACGAUUAACUCUCUUCUGAAUCAAAUGGAUAUGAUUAGAUCUAAAGAGGAAAACUCUUCUUCGGAUAAGUAUAUUGAAGAAACUAAAAUUGUAGUUGACGAAUUGACAAAAUUGGCAAUUGCUAAACUGGAUUCCAAAUUUACUAAACUACGUGAACUAGAGAAAAAACUUCAAAGAAGUCAAGAAAAAUAUUAUAAAGAAUCAGAGGAUUUAUCAAAUGACAGAAUAAUGUUGUCAAAACAAAUUUCCCACAUUAACGACGAUUUAUCAAAAUUAGCCCACAAUAAAAAAGUUGUGUUAGUAUCAGAUCCAAAUACACAAGUUAAACUAAUCGAUACCGAUGAAAUAAUAGAAUCUAAUAAAUUAGAACAAAAAAUAAAAGAAACAACCGUCGAACCACUAUCGAAGUCAGACGCUUAUAAGUCGCUAAUUUUAUAG